AGGAUUCAUAAUUAAAGACUUAAUAUUUUAUGCUAUAAAUUCUGAGUUACCAUUAUUUUAUUAUUGGGAAAGUGAGAAUCAAAUUACUUUCACACCCAAAAACCUCCAAAUUUCUUUCUUUUUGUUUUCAUUAUCAACUGACAAAUAAAAAAUUAAACUUAUCUUUCUCUUUUUCUAAACUCAUUCCUUACUCCAAGAAAUUAAUUUAAUAUUAUUAAUAAUUUAUGUUCAUCAACCAUUAAUAAAUCUCUGUCUUUGAUUUUCUUUUGAAAAUGGAAGAGGCUCUCAUCUUCACUUAAUUUGUAUCAAUUUUCUGAGCUCUAGUUAAGCUCUUUUAAGCUUAAAAAUUCAAUCUUUUGAAUUAUCAAUUUCUGGGUUUUUGGCCUUUUUAGCUUCUAGUGGUUUAAAUUUUAGUUUUGAUCAUUUUCUUGAUAAAAAAUGAUUCUUGAAGUUCUUGGAGGUUGAUUUGGAGAACUUGAUGAGGGUUUGAGAAACAGUUUGAUUUCAUAUUUUUAGUUUUGUGUUUAGUUUGUUGAGUUUAGAUUAUGGAAGCUAUGAAUACUAGUGGAGUUACUGUAGUGGGAUCAGAUGCUCCAUCUGAGUACCAUGUAGCUCCAAGAACUGAGAAUUCAAACCAAGUUGCUGCAGGAUCAACACAAACUGAGCCAGCCCAGGUGGCUGUUUCUGAAGCCCAGGUGACUGUUCCUCCUGCAACUCAGAUGGUAGGGCCACUGGCUAUGGUGGUGGCACCAGUGAAGAAGAAGAGAGGUAGGCCAAGAAAGUAUGGUCCAGAUGGGUCAGUGACCAAGGCUUUGUCUCCCAAGCCCAUUUCUUCUGCUGCUCCACCUUCAGUCAUUGAUUUCUCAGCUGAGAAGCCCAAGGGGAAAAUCAAGCCUGCUGGUUCUGCUAAUAAGCAUUUUGCAAAGAUGGGGAUGGAAAGUUUAGGUGAUUGGGUAUCAUGUUCUGUUGGUGGCAACUUUACCCCUCACAUUAUUACAGUUAAUGCUGGAGAGGAUGUCACGAUGAAGGUAAUAUCAUUUUCACAGCAAGGGCCUCGAGGGAUAUGCAUUCUCUCUGCAAAUGGUGUAAUUUCAAGUGUUACACUUCGCCAGCCUGAUUCUUCUGGGGGUACAUUGACUUAUGAGGGUCGGUUUGAGAUACUCUCCUUAACCGGAUCAUUUAUGCCAUCUGAAAAUGGAGGAAUAAGGAAUAGGUCAGGAGGAAUGAGUGUGUCGUUAGCAGGCCCAGAUGGACGUGUUGUUGGAGGUGGUGUUGCUGGUCUGCUAGUAGCUGCGAGUCCUGUGCAGAUUGUCGUCGGCAGUUUUUUGACUGGGAGUCAGCAUGAGCAGAAAAUAAAAAAACCAAAGACGGAUAAUAUAACAGCUGCUGCACCUACUGCUGCAAUUCCUAUUUCAGUGGCUUCAGUUCCUAUUUCUACCGCAGGACAACAGCACACUUCAGCAACCGUGAAUCAUAACGUGACCUCCUUAUCCUUCGGGGGAGACAACUGGUCUGCAUAUCCAUCCGACUCGAGGAAUAACCCGACCGACAUCAAUGUAACUCUUCCCGGAUAAUAGGCAUUACAGGCGUUACGAGGUUUAAAAUACCCCCCACUAGAUUGGCAUGACAUACCAGUCAAUGAUAGUUCUUAUUCUCACUGUUCAUUAGUCUGUCAGCCAAAAUUUUGACAUGUUUGAUCUAGGUGAGGGCUUGCAUUUAACUUGUUUCAUAGUUGGAAUAGUUAGUACAACUUGGUCAGUGUUUCUUGGCUGUGUUUGUAGAUGAGUUAGAUGUAUCAUCAUCCCUGAAGUAAGUCUAGCUAAUGUUUGAGUACUUGUGUUUGUAAUCUUCACUUUAUUUAUCAAAAGCUGCUGUUCUAAUC